AUGAUUAUUCCGAUCAGAUGUUUCACGUGUGGAAAGGUUAUUGGAAAUUUAUGGAACAAAUACUUGAGACUAUUAGAGGCUGAUUACACAGAAUGUGAAGCUCUGGAUGAAUUGGGACUGAAGAGGUACUGCUGCAGAAGAAUGCUGCUCAGUCACGUCGACAUCAUCGAGAAGUUGCUCAAUUAUGCCCCACUGGAUCCAUGA